UGGCACCGUGCGUAAAUUACGCACAGAGCCGCACCUAUCUCCCUCCCGUCCAGGUGAGGAAACUUCGCCAGGUUAGCGUCACCUAUCCGGAGUCAUAGUCUACACAGCAGGGAGCUGAGGUGUCUGAGCUGCAGUAGAGGUCAGCGCCGCCGGCUCAGCCAUGGCCGAGUCCCAGCUCGUGUGCAUGGAGGACGGCCGCAUCGGAGUCCAAGUCCCGGAGUCCAAACCCGAGUUCUACUACAGCGAGGAGCAGCGCGCCGCCAUCGAGGAGCUGCUGAGGAACGGAGACGGAGCCUUCAAGACGCGACUGAAAGGAGACAACAUGAAGGAUUUCUUAUCCGCCAGAGAAGUCAAAGUGUUGACGAGCACGUUCAGACAGUUCGAGUCCGAUCAGGAGGACAAGCAGCGCGGCAGCAGCCCGGAGCAGGCAGCCGCCGGCUGCGACGCGGACUCGGGGCUCCACUCCACCUACUGGCCCCCGAUGUCGGACACAGAGGUGCCGCCGCUGGACAUCGGCUGGCCCAGCGGGGGGAUAUUCAAAGGUCUGACCCGUGUGACCGUGCACACGCACCCGCCCAAAGAGAAUGGACCCCACCUUAAAGAGGUUGUGCGGCGGCUCAUUCAGGGGGCCAGCAAGGUGAUAGCGAUAGUGAUGGACCUGCUCACAGACGUGCAGAUCCUGCAGGACCUGAUGGAGGCGGCCUCGCGACGCUCCGUCUCCGUCUACAUCCUGUUGGACCACCAAGGGGUGCCGCACUUCCUGGACAUGUGCUCCAGGCUGCAGAUCGGCUCACAGCACCUUCGGAACAUCAGAACCAGAACCCUGCAGGGGAUCGGCUUCUGUUUGUCGUUCGGCAGAUUGCCGGGUUCCCUCUGUAACAAGUACAUGUUGGUGGACGGAGACAAAGUCGUGUUCGGCACCUACAGCUUCUCCUGGUCUUCAGCUCGUAUGGACCGGACCAUGAUCACUGUGAUGACGGGUCAAGUGGUGGACUUCUUUGACCAGGACUUCCGGGAGCUGUACGCCAUCUCUGAGAAGAUGGACCUCUACAAGGAGUUCCACGUCAGCCCGCCUGCUGCUGGCGCCACCGGCACGUUACCGUCCAAGGCUGGGACCAAACGUCCACCUCUACCUGCCACCACCUCCCGCUUCCAGGUCACAUUAGGGGAUUCACGGAAUGACAAAAUCGAGGUGCCCGCGCAUAAAUACUACAACCCCAAGUACUCGCUGGCGAUGGGGGACCCCAUACGUCCAGCUGUGUCUCUGCAGGAUGCGAGAACUAAGAGGGGGACGAUUCGAUGCAAGUCCCCUGAGGAGCUGGAGCAGGAGACCGGAGUGACCAGCAGUGAGAGGCUGGAUCGGUUGAGCCCGUUCCCCGCCGAGGCCCCGAGCGAGAUCUUCAAGGGACCCAAGGCGCAGAACAAGAAGAACUUAUGGAGGAGCUUAUUCAGGAAGUCGUCCAGAAAGCUUCCAGAUAACAGCCCGUGCCCCUCACCCACAGAAACCAGUCAGACCGAUGAGACGCAGGACAACGUCAAGGUGAUGGUGAAGAGGCCCUCUAAGUGGAGGGGGAAGAAGGUCCAGAGGACAGAGUCCCAGCAAACGGUCAACUCCACACAGGACACAGAGAGUCUGAAGAGAGACAAAAACAAGUGUAAAGCGUCCUGAGGUGAACUUGUCCACAGUCUCAACAUGGAGCAGGACAGGACGUCCCUGAGACAUACCUCAUCUUGGAUUGUGCAGUAUUGUAUUUCAUCCAGUGCCUUCAGGAAAGAGCCAAUAAACGGAUAAUUCACCAGGUGCUGUUUUCAUGUUUAGAGCCUAAUACAGAUUAUAAUGUGCAAAGCAUCAUGGGAUAUCUGUUGCCGGGUUGGCUGCCUCUUGUUUCUCAUGAAACUUUAGGGCUUUAGAUAUUUAGGUUGUUCUCCUUCCCCUUGUGGAAACUGUGAGCAUUGCACAUUUAAGUGCACAAAAUGAAAAGUUUGCACAAUUCUUCUUCAGCUGUUGGAAUGUAAAGAUUUGUCUGAGUUUAUAAAUUAAACACUUGAGCCAAACCUU